AUCCUUUUGUCUUUUGUGGAUAAUAGGGAAUAGAGGACAAGAUGUAUAGAGGUGAGUAAAUCAUCGGCAUCUUGGAAAGCCAUAGAUCCAAAUUAGAUGUUUUGAGAAUGAGUUGCCGUUUUAUGAUAAAGAACAUGUAACCUUCUUACAACUUUAAAUUGCAUCUGAAUCAAUAGCAAUGAAUGUAGUAGGUUAAGAAAAUUGAUUUAUUUAGUCUUUCACAGCAAUGUUUUCUGUCCAGUGCUGUCUCAGCACCUGCAGGCCUCCCCAGUGGCAUCCCGUGGAAUUGGAGUAGAGCUCCUUUCAUUGUAUGCCAUGCCUGUUAGCUGGGCAGCUAUGGAAGUGAAGGGAGAUUACACCAAAAUUCCAGUAUAGCUGGCAAAUGAGUAAGACGUAACAAAUCCUACUGAAUUGUGGACCAGGAAGAAUAUAUUUAAAGGUUUUCCAGUAUGCAUGAGAUGGACACCCUGACCAAAGUACACAGUCAUUUGAUUGGUACAAGCUGAUUACGGGGAUCCAGGCACAACUGUAGAAAAUCAGGAAGAGAGAGAUCCAGUUAAUAAGUAAUUCCUGGCCAUAAUGCAGGUUUGAACAAUACAGUCUUGCAACAAUAAGGACAGUAUCUCAGCCUAAACACUCUCCAGCACAUUACUUCUUCCUCUCACCAAGAAGAAAAUGAAAAACAAGACCAGCGUUCUUCCACAAGAAGGAGAAGCACGUCCUUCCAGAUGUCCGGAUAACAGUGCAUUCAAACAACAGAGACUACCAGCGUGGAAGCCCCAGCUUACCAUCGCGACUGUGCUCUCCACCUUCUUUGUCACAGGCAUGCUCUGCCUCUCUGUGGGAGUCUGCCUCAUACUGUCUGCAAACAGCGUCAGAGAAUUCCAGAUUGAUUAUUCAGAUAAAUGCUCAGAUUGUUCAGAACUCCGUGAAAAUUCCUCUAAUUGGAAUAAGGAGUGCCACUGUUCUGUUAAUUUCACACUAGAGGAAGAUAUAUUGGGUGAUGUUUUUAUGUACUAUGGGCUCCAAAACUUCUACCAAAACCACCGUCGAUAUGUGCUAUCAAGAAGUGAUGCACAAUUGUUGGGUGAAAACGUAAAUAUUGAGAACAGCUACUGCUCGCCCUUCACAACCUACCAAAAUGGGACACCCAUGGCUCCGUGCGGCGCUAUUGCCAACAGCAUGUUCAAUGAUACUAUUGAUCUUUUUUACAAUCUUAACUCGUCAGUUAUUCAAGUACCACUGCUGAAAACUGGAAACAGCUGGUGGACAGAUAAAAAUGUGAAAUUUCGCAAUCCAAAAUCAUACAAUCUCUCUUCUGCAUUUGCAGGGACAGCAAGACCUCCUUACUGGCAGAAACCAGUAUAUUUGUUAGAUGAGGAAGAUGAAAGGAACAACGGUUAUGUAAAUAAUGACUUCAUUAUCUGGAUGCGAGUGUCAGCCUUUGCUACCUUCAGAAAUCUUUACCGUCGUGUCAGUCGGAUAAGGCAGUUUGCAAAUGGCCUCCCAGCAGGGAAUUACACUUUUAAUAUUUCUUACAAUUUCCCUGUUACUAAAUUCAAGGCGAGGAAGCAUGUGAUUCUUUCAACUGUGGUAUGGAGUGGAGGAAGUAACCCAUUCCUGGGAAUUGCCUAUGUGGUUUCUGGCGCAGCAGCAACCCUGGCAGAUGAAGCUUCAUGGUUAGAAGACAAUGCAAAUUGUCUGGGGUUCUACUCAGUGUCUGAAGUCACGCAAAAAGGAAUGCCAGAAGGAGCUAAAAACAAAUCCUGAAUCUCAGCAAGAUUCCUGUGAAUCAGACAUUCUCACUACUGUGUUAUGAGAUUGAACAAUACAUCAAAUACCAGUUAAGACAGAAAGACUCAUGAACUAGAAUAGUCCAGUAUGAAGGAGCCUUCCUGAGCAAAAUGGAUUCUGGCACUUCGACCAUUGUCACAAAAACCAUAUGAAGCUGCAGCAUGUUCAGGAGCGAGGCAAGUGAACUGCAAAAAUAAUGUGUGAAAGUUGUUUUAUCUGUCUGCAACGAAGUCUUCACUGAAUGAAUGACAUCAUCAUUGAUCUCAUCGUUUUUGUUGUCAUUCUUGUUCUGAGGUGGAGGUGGCAUGGUGAUUUUAGGAGCACGGCCUUUAGAAGAAAAAAGAGUUUUAUAAAAAAGUGGUCAAAAUUGCUAGUUUUCCAUGUUUCCUUUUCAGGAGAAGACAGCUGCAACAGUUUGCUCUAAAGGUUUCUGUUCAUGUCAUACAAUGAGGACCCCCACCCCAAUGAAUCAGUGACACAGAAAGCAAGUGACUGGUGUCUUUUGAAACAUCAAUUUUCUAAAUUACCUUGUUUACACCUAAACUAGAUAUUCUCCAGGUUAAGUGUAAUAACUUUGGAAGAAAUUCAGAGGUAUCAGUUACAAAAGAAUUAGGCAGUGAAGAAGUACGUUUUCUUCAUUAAAACAUACCCCCAAUAUCA